AUGUGCAGUGGAGCCGAGGGAGGCCCUUGGCCGCUGAAGGACGCGCCGACCGUCACCGCCGCGGCUCUCGACCACUACCGACUCCAACUCUACAACUACGCCGUCGCCGAGCGACUCCGACUUUACCCUCCCAGUGUCGCCCCAUGCUACGCGCCGUACGCCCCGCGCUUGGCGCUCUCCAUGUCCCUGCUCCAACACCGGGCGCUCCAACCUGAAGAACCGAAACCGCAGCACAGCUACAUCGGCCUCAUAGCCAUGGCCAUCCUCAGCUCCCCGGAACGCAAGCUCGUGCUCUCUGAUAUCUACCAGCACAUACUCGACAACUACCCCUACUUCCGCUCCCGCGGACCCGGCUGGCGGAACUCCAUCAGACACAACCUAUCACUGAACGAUUGCUUUGUGAAAGCUGGACGAUCCGCGAACGGAAAAGGACAUUAUUGGGCGAUUCAUCCGGCGAACGUGGAGGACUUUAGGAAAGGUGAUUUUAGAAGGCGGAAGGCGCAGAGGAAAGUGAGGAAGCACAUGGGAUUGGCGGUCGAUGAUGACGGUGAGGACUCGCCGUCGCCACCGCCGCAGUCGCCGCCGCCGACGACGCUGGCGCUGCCUUUUUGGGGAGCGGCGCGGCUGCCGGGCGGCGGCCAGCCAAGGAAGCGGCAGUUCGACGUCGCCUCACUGCUGGCACCGGACGAUGCGCCUGAAAAGCGCGCCCGGAGAGAUAGUAGCGAAGAGGAACCGGAGGAGGAUAUAGAUGUGGUGGCGAGUGACCAAGAGCCGAGUCCGGAGAGCGAGGAGCAGUGCGCGGCGCCGGCUCCGUACCCGCUGCUGGGCGGCUGGUGGCCGGCGCUGGACCCGGCGCUGCUGCAGCAGCUGCGGCGCCACGCCGGCUCGCCACCGCGCGCACCCAGCCCCGCGAGAGUCCAGCGACCGCCGGACACUUAA